GUCCGCCCCGCCCCCUCGCCCCGUGGCCUCCCUGGCUAGAUUCCCGACAUGGUGCUGUCUGAGCUGGCCGCGCGCCUCAACUGCGCGGAGUACAAGAACUGGGUGAAGGCGGGCCACUGCCUGCUGCUGCUGCGCGGCUGCUUGCAGGGCUUCGUCGGCCGCGAGGUGCUCGCCUUCCACCGCAGCCUGCUCGCCGCCGCCCCCCGCCUGGGCCCCCGCGCCGCCUGCCGCAGCGGCUCGCGGUGCAGCCCGCGCGCCCGCCAGUUUCAGCCUCAGUGUCAGGUGUGCGCAGAGUGGAAAUGGGAAAUUUUGAAACAUCACACCAACAGAAAUGGAGACGUCUACUGGGGAAACUGCCGGCCGGUCCGCUGGCCGGUCGACGCCUGGGAGGUGGCCAAGGCCUUCAUGCCCCGAGGACUGGCAGACAAAACAGGACCCGAGGAAUGUGACGCGGUUGCUCUUCUAAGUCUCAUCAACUCCUGUGAUCACUUCGAGGUUGAUCGAAAGAAAGUCACAGAGGUGAUUAAGUGUCGUAACGAGAUCAUGCACUCUUCAGAGAUGAAAGUAUCUUCUAUGUGGCUUCGAGAUUUUCAGAUGAAAAUCCAAAAUUUUCUGAAUGAAUUUAAGAAUAUCCCAGAGAUUGUGGCGGUAUACUCCCGAAUAGAACAGCUGUUGACAUCUGACUGGGCUGUUUACAUCCCUGAGGAAGAUCAGCCAGAUGGAUGUGACCGUGAAACAGGAGUGUACCUGAGUGAACACCAAGUAAACGAGAUAGAAAUGGAAUUACUAAAGGAAAAACUUCAAGAGCUGUAUCUUCAGGCAGAGGAACAAGAGGUGUUGCCCGAAGAGAUCUUAAAUCAACUGGAAGUGGUGAAAGAAUUUCUGAGAAACAAUGAGGAUCUUAGAAAUGGUCUUACAGAAGAUAUGCAGAAGCUAGACAGCCUCCAUCAACAGCCUCAAAAACCAGAUUUGAAGGAACCUAAGGUGCAGACGCCUGAAGGGAAGGCCUGAGGUUGACCUUCAACAGAAAUCAGGCAUGUUCUGUGACAAUCAGCCGGGCUUCCAUCUCAGCCGUCCUUUUCUGCGCAAAAGGGAAAACUUACCCAAAGUACUACACUCAAAAAGGAAUUUGUGUCGUCUUUUCUUGGACUUUCCUUUAACUCUUUGGGAGUAUUUUUUUUUUACAUUCAUAAGCUUGGUAUUAUUGAUCUGUACCAACCAAAAAAUAUUAGAUACUCUUGUGCCAA